AUGUCCACCCGAUUUGUGGCUCGUGUAAUCGAGGAAACCAUGCCUCCGACCAUCGCAGACAAGAUUGGAAAGUCAAGUGACGUUCAGGCGAGACUGGACAGACUCGAAUAUCUUCUGGAGAGAGCCGUUGCAGGACAAGGGCAGAACGCUGCACCUUCCAUACGGUCUAGUGUUGAAUAUGAGAGGAGAGAAGAUGCUCUGACUCCAUCGUCCAACAGUCAGACGUCCCACGGAGGUGGAAUAGCUUCUGAUGACGGUGAUGGGACCCUGUUGUUGAAUGGUGGGCAGGCCCAGUUUGUGUCUUCUCUUCACUUUGCAUUGCUUGCUGAUGAGUUCCAAGAUAUCAAGGCUUUGCUUGGUGACAAAACAGACGAAGAGAAAAAGGAAGUCCCGCAAAACACGCUCAUCGACCUACUCUCUCUGGGCCGCGCAGGUUCUGGCUCCAACUUGGGGGACUUAUUACCCAGCACACAAGAGCACCGCGAUUACUUGCUAGAGGUCUAUUUCACCAGUGUUGACCCGAUGAUCAGGGUCACGCAUAGGCCAACGGUGAUCCGCAAGAUGCACACAUACGACCGUGAGGCACAUCCUAUGGCGUAUGCCAUCUACUACUCUGCAAUUAAUGCCAUGUCCCCAAAGACUAUAGGCGACAAGUUUGGUGAAAGCAAAAAGGAACUUCUGGAUCGAUAUCAAUUGGCCAUCGAAAUAUCGCUUGCCCGAGAAAAUUACCUGACUACGUCGGAUCUAGAGAUUCUUCAAGCGUUUGUGAUAUGGCUCAGUUGUAUCACAAGAGAAGAAGAAAUGAGCAAAGCGUGGGUAUUGAUUGGCAUAGCGUUUCGCAUCGCACUUAACCAAGGCUUACAUCGAGAUCCUUCAUUAUUUCCCGCUGGAUCGAUGGAUAUCAUCACUAUCGAGCUACGCCGCCGUGUGUGGCACCAACUGGGUCAUUUGGAGUUCCGAGCAGCCGAGUGCAAAGGUCAAGAGCCAAGCAUAACAGAAGAUUUCUAUACGACGCUAUUCCCGCGCAACAUCGAUGAUGAGGACCUCGUAGAUGGUGCGAGCCCUAGUCCGACUCCAUACGACGAGAGCAAGUUUACAACCAUGACAUUCCAGAUCGUACGUUUCAACGGGAUGCGAGCACUGCGACGGAUUAUCCAAAGUACAUACCGUCUGGAACGACGUAUGCUCGACUCUGGGCUCAAUGGAACUUCUCCUCCAGAUCCCGCCGUGGAGCUACGAAGUCUUUACGAGCAAAUCAAAGUCAUGCUGGAUGAGAUUGUUGAGGAAAACCAGCGAAAGUAUUUACGGCAUCUGAACCGAGAGAUACCGAUGCAGAGAUUAACGCUAGGUCUUGUAUCGUUGCUGGAAUGGCGCGCUUACUUGCUAUUCUGGCUCCGAAUGCCGCGCGCUUACCGUGAUGUCGUCUUUGCAGAUGACAUUCGCCGAUCAAUAUUCGAAAAGUCCAUCAGUUGUGUAGAAGCUUUGAAUGUAGCCGCUGCGGAUAUUGAUGCGGCUCGGUUUCAAUGGCACAUUGGAGGCAUCGCUUCCUUCCAGGCAAUUAUGCAUAUUCUGUCAGAACUCCGUAAUCCUUUAUUCGAUGUACCAGAGCGACAACGAGCCUUGAAAGCAAUACAGAUGUCACGCCUUCUCCGAGAGAACAACACAUCCAAAGCAUGGCAGGCUGUCAAGAAUAUGAUCGACAAGGCCAUAGCUGAACACAACUUACCCCCACAAUCAAGUAGCCAUACGAGCGCGCCUUUAGAGUCAUCCACGUCGAAAAGCGUAUUCUCAGAGCUACGUACCGCUGCAAAACAUACUUAUCCAAGAUCUGUUGCACAAUACGAUGAACCGCCAGUCUCUGCGCCACCACCACCGCAGCUACCACAACAGCUACCACAACAGCUACCACAGCAACUAUCACAGCAACUAUCACAACAUACAAUGCAGCCUCAGCCCGACCCGAUGCAAAACUUACAAUACAUGCAGAAUCAGAUGCCAUGUUGGGAUGACUUCAACCUAAGCAACAUCAACAACAUUGUUGGAGACGUGCUUCCAAACGCCGAAAUGGUCCCCGACUUUGACUUUGGUUUCUGGGGUGAUCCAUUCAACUACGAAAGCGAGCCUGUAGGUAUGCCCAUGCAGGACAACUACCUCCCUCAGUGGAUUGGAUGA